AAGUAUUUAUUCACUGGCAAAGAGAAAGUCUUGCUGACAAGUGGUGCUGAUAAACCGGAUGUCUGCAGGUAAAGAACCUUCCUCUGCUCUCACCCUGUAGUGCACUCAGCUCCAAAUGCACCAAAGACAUCAACACAAGACUUCAGGAGUCAAAAAAAAAAAAAAAUACACCGGGCUUGUGCUAGAAACCACUUCCUGAAAUGAAGAGCCUGUGGGCUGGACCGGCUACAGGGAGGAGAGAGAGUCCAGAGAUCCAGAAGACAAACCUGGGAGAUCCAGGAGAUUCUGCUGAACUGGAACCUGUUGGCAAACCUGGGAUACCCUGCUUUACUGGCUGAAAGAAGUGAGGCUCAGACCUGAGUCCUGCACUCAGCAGGCAGGGCCUCUGCAGGCCUGGCUGAAGCUCUCAAGCCUGACUCCUCCUCCAGCCCAGGCUUCUGCAGAGAAUUCACAACAGGAAACCAGCUGAACAUUGCCCAACCUCCACUCACAGGGUCCAGAGGAAGACCAUCUGCCAUCUGCGCAGACUCUGAUGCCUGCCUGGCUUCCUGGAGGAGCUGGGUCUCUUUCACUUUCAAAAAUACUUUUACUAGCUGAGAAGCCUUGGCCAGGAAAGCACACAUCAGAGAGCCCCCUAAAAGAGCAGGGUUUCUUCAGGAGUGAAUGACAGCGAUCACAGGAUCCACUGCAGCAGAUCAAGUUAAAACUCUUUUCCUGUUUCAUGAAGUCACCCUAAUCUAUGCCCUUUAAACCCUAGGGACAGAGCCUACUACCACCUCCAUCCUCUCCUUCCCACAGGAAGCAGUCAAUGAAAGAGUACACCUCCUCUUCUUUUUAUUUGUCCUCAGGGUCAGAUAAAUGACCUCAUUAACCUAAAGAAGAAACCUUAGACAAGCUGAGUGCCCCCAACUCAAUAUAAUGCUAAGCAUGACUGCCUGACAGGAAAGCCAACACAGUAACAACAACAUUCACUGGCACCAUUCACGAAACUAUAGAGAGCACAUCCACUGAUAAACUUCCCUACAAGAGCUCCCUCAUCUACUCUAUGAAGCCCAAACACUGCACCUGGACACAGUCUCCAUCCCCAGGAGAGACCUAAGCCCUUCAGCUGUUCUGAUUAGAGGACCAUCUGUCCCUGUAGAGGCUGCUCUGCUCUUUCUUUUAUUUCCUCCCUCAGUUCUGGUCAAACACCCUUUCUCAGCGCAGAAAAGGCUUGUGAAGACAAGAAUUCACUGGCCUCCUGGUUGGUGCAACAACAGAAGUAAGCCCUGAAGCUGUAUGGGAAAGAGCUGCAUAUCCAGGCAUUAUCUGAAGACACUGUCAACAUAGGAGCAGCUCAGUCUCAGAAGUGACACAGAGAGGCUCAACAUAAGGGUCCGUAACUCUUGGACCCCUCCCACCACACUUGCAAACAGAUGGACCUGGAGCUACAGGGGCCCUUUUCUCUGUCAUAGGAGGACUGCAUGCUAAAAAUGCAUCAGAACAAAGGAAGAGAAGAUCUCUGCCACACUGCAUCUUGGAAAAGGAAAACUGAGGAUUUGCUCCAGAAUUACACACAGCUUCUACUUCUACAAAAAUCUUGCCCAAGAGGCAGGGACACCUUUGUCUGGAAAAGAUGGCGUAAAGGUAAAGGAGAGGAGAGUGGACACCUGAUUGCCAUCCAAGACUUAUUUGACCUAAGCCCAGACACCCAGGAAGAGUCUCAAUUAAUAGUAUUAGAGGGGGCUGCUGGCAUUGGGAAGUCAACGCUGGCCAAGCAGGUGAGGAGAGCAUGGGGGGAAGGCCAGCUCUACAGGGAUCGCUUCCAGCAUGUCUUCUACUUCAGCUGCAGAGAGCUGGCCCAAUGCAAGCAGCUGAGUCUCACUGAGCUCAUAGCAAAAGACCAGACUCUGCCUGCAGCUCCCAUCAGGAAGAUCCUGUCUCAACACGAGAAGCUGCUCUUCAUCCUGGAUGGCAUAGAUGAGCCAGCCUGGGUCUUGGAAGAGCAGAAUCCUGAACUCUGUCUACACUGGAACCAACAUCAGCCUGUGCACACACUGCUGGGCAGUUUGCUCAAGAAAUCCAUCCUGCCUGGGGCUUCCUUGCUGCUCACUGUUCGGACCACAGAUAUACAAAAGUUAAUUCCUUCUUUGGGACAGCCACGUUGGGUAGAAGUCUUGGGAUUCUCUGAGUCUGGACAGAAGGAAUAUAUGCACAAAUAUUUCACAGGAAAAAGAGAAGCAAACAAAGCUGUUAGCUUGGUUAAAUCAAACCCAGUACUCUCAACACUGUGUGGCGUGCCGUGGGUGUCCUGGCUGGUCUGCACCUGCCUGAAGCAGCAGAUGGAUUGGGGAGAAGACCUCUCACUGACCUCACGGACCACCACAGAGCUCUGCCUGAAAUACCUCUCCCAGACAAUACCAGUCCAGCGCCUCAGGACCCAUCUCAGAAGGCUCUGCUCACUGGCUGUUGAGGGGAUCUGCCGAAGAAGGACCCUGUUCAGCGAAUUAGAUCUCCAGAAGCAAGGGUUAACUGAGGAUAUCAUUGCCACUUUCCUGAAGUUUGGUCUCCUUCAAAAGCAAACCAGCUCUCUGACUUACAGUUUUGCCCACUUGUGUCUCCAGGAAUUCUUUGCAGCAAUGUCCUACAUCUUGGGGGAUAGUGAGGAGAGAUAUGGUGAUAUAGAAAACUACAAAAUUGUGGAGAAACUGAUAGAAGUGUAUGGAAGACGAGACCUGUUUGAGACACCUACCAUGCGCUUCCUAUUUGGUCUUUUAAGUAAAAAUGGAAUGAGAGAGUUGCAUAAGAUCUUUGCCUGCAGGUUUCCUUGGAAGACAUGGUUGUACCUGCAGUGGCACAUCCUAGAAGAAGCCCUGUACCAUCAACCAUAUUCCCUGGGUUUACUCCAUUGUCUGUAUGAGAUUCAGGAUAAGAAGUUCCUGACAGACGUGAUGCACAACUAUCAAGAAACGAGGGCACAUGCCCCAGUGGAUAUGCUACACCCAAGGUUCCUGACAAACAUGAAGCACCUGGUGGUCCAGACAGACAUGGAGCUCAUGGUGGUCACCUUCUGUAUUAAGUUCUGCUGCCAUGUGAAGAGGCUUCAGCUGAACGAUUGUGGACAACAGGGACCAAUGCUGAUGGUCCCCAGGAUGGUUCUGUCCAGGUGGACCCCUAUAACUAAUGCCAGUUGGAAGAUUCUUUUCUAUACUCUUAACUAUACCAGAAGCCUGCAAGAGCUGGACCUAAGUGGAAAUCCAAUGAGCUACUAUGCACUGCGGAGUCUUUGUAGGACACUGAGAUGUCCCGGAUGUCACCUUAGAACAUUGUGGCUUGCCAACUGUGGCCUCACAUCCAGCUGCUGUGAGGACCUGGCCUCAGUGCUCAGUGCCAGCUCCAGCCUGACUGAGCUAGAUCUGCAGCUGAAUGACCUGGGAGACCAUGGUGUGAGGCAGCUGUGUGAGGGCCUCAGGAAUCCUGCCUGCAACCUUAAAAUCCUGUGGCUGGAUCAGGCCUCUCUCAGUGACCAGGUGAUGAUGAAGCUCAGGCUCCUAGAGGCAAAGAAUCCACGGCUACUCAUCUCCAGCACAUGGGAGCCACAUGUGAUGAUCCCUAAUAAGAACCCGGAUGGAGAAGAAAUUGGUGAGAGCCCAAUCUCAUUCAAGCAGCAGAGACUACAGUCAGGACAUAAACACAUGGAGCCAUUGGGGACUGAAGAUGACUUCUGGGGCCCUACAGGACCUGUGACUACAGAGUUGGUUGACAGAGAAAGGAAUCUGUACAGAGUUCAGUUCCCUGUGGCUGGUUCCUACCACUGUGCCAACACAGGACUCCACUUUGUGGUGACAAGGGCAGUGACCAUUGAGAUCGGAUUCUGUGACUGGAGCCAACACCUGGACAAGACUCCCUUGCAGGACAGUCACAUGGUGGCUGGGCCUCUGUUUGACAUCAAGGCUGAGCAGGGAGCUGUGGCUGCUGUGCACCUCCCUCACUUUGUGGAUCUCCAAGGAGCGCAUUUUAAAAUGUUAAGCAUUGUGGCUAGGACGAACGUUGUGGCUUUGCCUUUCGGCACCACCUCAUCCAACGUGGAGGAGAUACGCUUACCACCAGCUCUGUGCACCAUGCUCACCUCCCCAGCUCCAGGGAGGCAGCAGGUCUAUGUCACCAUGAAGCAACUUGUAGCACUCUGUUCACAAACCCCAUUUAAGUGCUCUGUAGCAGGACCUUCUGAAAGAGCCAGAGCCAUUCAUGCCAACAGUAUGAACUGGUAAGCCAUCUCUUAAAGAUGCUGCACCUCUGCUUGCAGCCAGCUAACAGAGCCUAUUUAAAAAAAUACCUCUAUCAAGGAGCUCCAAUUGACUAGUGUUUUUUGUGGGUCUAGAAGCCCCUCUUUUUCAGCUUUAUGUGGAUGUACAGUGCCCCACAUUGGGCAACAGAUGUAGCUGGAAGUAUUCUCCAUUCCCCUGGUCCCCCUGCCCCUGCUUUCCUCUGCCCCUGUUUUUGAAGCUGCUUAUUAAAUAACCACUCAGAUGUUUAACAUUAAUUACAUACUCUUUAGCCCAUUCAAGCUUCAUCUUAACUAACUCUUACAUCUUAAAUUAACUCAUUUUUAUUAUUUUAUAUCUUACCACAAGUCUUGUGGGUUGUUACCUCACAUCUUGUUUCCUUGGUGGCUGCUGGCAUCUGCCUGACUCUGCCUUUUUCCCCCCUAUAUUUAGUAUAGUUUUCCUACCUAGCCAUAUUCUGCUCUGCCACAGACCAGAGUAGCUUUUUUUAUUAAUCCAUAGUAAUAAAACAUAUUCACAGCAUAUAGAGGGGAAUCCCACAUUAGGCAAUCUCACAAGAAGAAAAAAAUAUGAAGAUAAAGAAGCCUAGCAUGAGUUGGUUGAAAAGAACUCAGAAAACAAAUAUAAGCAAUAGUGACAUCCACAAACGCCUGAGACCCUGAGCUCCAGACCCUGACAGGGGAGCACCGCUACCCAGAUGACGCUUUCCUAGUGUGUCUGAUGCCGGUCAAGCAAUUCCACACAGAACUCCUGCUCUCUCCAACAACGCCUGCCCCAGUCAUCACUCAAGCUUCUUCCCUGAGGGCCGCUGUCUUUCCUGUUUCUUACUCCCACUCUCUGAACAGACAAGUACCCCAUUGGACACUGAAAGAAUGUGGUCCUUUUGCAGUGUAGGAAGCAAAAAUACGUGUAGGAACAAGAGUCACAGGGCCAUGUGGUAGCCUCUGAGGCUAUGUUCUUUAAGGCACCCAUGGGUGAGACCAUCAAGCACUUACACUCCACUGUGAACGCUCCCCCAGCAGCUAGACAGGGCCAAAGCCAAAGCUGCUUCAAUGAGGGGCAGUCUUCAUGAGUCACCACUCACAGCAGGUCACACCCACUUCCCUGGCAUGGUGAAUUGAUAGUAUGGGAAUAUUUUAUUGAUCUGCUAUAUUCUAACUGGAGAUUAGUUAAUAUAACUUAAGAUAUUCUUGUUCACAGUUUUUCACAUAAACAUCAAAAAAAAAAAAAAAACAAGUAAAAGCUAAAAGGACACCAUGGCCAAGACAAUUUAUAGAAGAUUUGGGGAGGAUUAAAGUUUCAUGGGGUAAGAGUCAUUGACCUUCACGGCCGGUAGAGGGCAGCAGGCAGGCAGGCAUGGAACUGGAGCAGUACCUCAGAGCUUACAUCCUUAAUGCCACAGAGGAGGGGGGAUAUUAAACUGGAAACAGAAUGAGCCUUUAAACCCUCAAAGCCUACCAGAGUGACACACUGCCCCCAACAUCCACACCUCGUACUUCUGUCCGAAGAGUUCCACCAACUCCAGUUACCAUGCUCCUUCAGACCACCACAGUGAGUCUAAAUCCUCUGUUGUUUUUCCAGCCAAGCAUGGCUCAGUGGAAACACUAAAUCGCCAUCUUUGA